AUGCUUCAGGCGUUUGCAAAAUAUGGAGUUUGCCGUGUGGAAUGGCCGAUGAAAGACUCGCGUAAUGGGCAUGCAGAUCCAGGACGUCCGAAAGGGACCGGUUACGUAUAUAUGGUUCUCGAAUGUGAUGGAGCGGUGAAGAGUUUAUUGCAAGAUUGCACACGGGAAUCUGGAACAGCUGGUGAAUGGUAUUUUACAGUGGGCGAUGCUCGAAGAGUUAGUGAUAAUUUAUGA